GUCUUAGUUAUCUUACUUAUUUAACAGAAAAAUUUUUAGUUUUUGGUUGUGAAGAGAAGCAAUGGCUUUCUCUCUCCUCACCUUUGUGAUGGCCUUCCUCUCUCUCUCUGCGGCCUCCUAUGCUCAGCUCUCUUCAACUUUUUACAACUCUUCUUGUCCAAAUGCCCUCUCAACAAUUCAAACCGCAGUGCGAAGUGCAGUGAACAAUGAGUCUCGCAUGGGUGCAUCCUUACUUCGCCUUCAUUUCCAUGACUGCUUUGUCAAUGGUUGUGAUGGUUCUCUUCUAUUGGAUGACAAUGCAACCUUCACCGGUGAGAAAACAGCAAGGCCAAACAACAACUCAGUGAGAGGAUUUGAAGUGGUAGACAACAUCAAAUCCCAAUUGGAAAGCUUGUGCCCUGGUGUGGUCUCUUGUGCUGACAUCUUAGCCGUUGCGGCACGCGACUCCGUGGUUGUGCUUGGUGGGUCAACAUGGACGGUGUUAUUAGGGAGGAGAGAUUCAACAACUGCUAGUCAAAGUGCUGCAAACUCCAACAUUCCUGCACCAACCUUAAAUCUGAGUGCCCUCAUCACAAGUUUCUCAAACCAAGGACUCAACCAGACGGAUUUGGUGGCUCUUUCAGGUUCUCACACAAUCGGUCAAGCUCGGUGCACCAGUUUUAGGACUCACAUUUACAAUGAAACCAACAUAAACUCAACAUAUGCCACAUCGUUGCAAGCGAACUGCCCGUUCAGUGGAGGCGAUAACAAUCUCUCACCCCUCGAUGUAACGUCGCCAACAGUCUUCGACAACGAGUAUUACAAGAACUUGGUGAGCCAGAGAGGACUCCUGCAUUCUGAUCAAGAGCUCUUCAAUGGAGGUGCAACUGAUUCUCAAGUCAAUGGCUACACCGGUUCCUCUUCAACUUUCUUUACAGACUUUGCCAAUGCAAUGGUGAAGAUGGGAAACAUUAGUCCUCUCACAGGCAGUAGUGGGGAAAUUAGGACAAAUUGUAGGAGGGUGAAUUAGUGGUUGAUUUUGUCUUUGCCCUAGACAUUGAUAACGCCAUUGAGUGGUACGCGUUCUGCUUAGUGGUGGUGGAACUAAAUAGAUAUUUUGAGGGUCUAUUUGAAAUAUUUUACAAAUCAAUUGAAGCUUAUUUUGUUUUUACC